CAAUUUGAUAAAUCAUCUAAUAUAGUAAAUACUAAUAACAAGUCUCUAACUAUUAAUUCUUAUACUUUUAGAAAAUCAAGUAAGCAAUGUUUAGCUCAUGAGGUUUAUAUAUCACAAGCAGACCUUCAAAAAACUAAUAGUUUUUUAACAAGAUCACAAAUUUUAUCUAUUAUUAACUCUUUAAUUCCUCUUGUAGAUGAUACAGAUUGA